GGGAGUACGGCAGGAUUUGGGAUCGAGCCGAGCGCAAACCGACGCUAGGUUCACGGUGGUACUGCUUGCGUACGCAGAUAGCGAGUGGAAAGGAAAAAUGUCAGCCGUGCCUGACGGCAAAAAGCUGGUGCGAAGCCCGAGCGGACUGCGCAUGGUGCCGGAGAACGGAGCUUUCAGCAGCCCGUUUUCGUUAGACGAGCCUCAGUGGGUUCCGGAUAAAGAGUGUCCCAGAUGCAUGCAGUGUGACACAAAAUUUGACUUCAUCACCAGAAAGCACCACUGUCGACGAUGUGGCCGGUGUUUCUGUGAUAAAUGCUGCAGUAAGAAGGUGGCCUUGCCGAGGAUGUGCUUUGUAGAUCCAGUCAGGCAGUGCAGGGACUGCAGCCUCAUCUCGCAGAAAGAACUCGACUUCUACGAUAAACAGCUGAAAGUGCUUACCGCGGGAGGCACCUUCCUGGUCACACUAGGCUUCUCGGAGAAAUCAGAGACCAUGGUGUGCCGUCUGUCAAAUAACCACAGAUAUCUGUUCCUGGAUGGAGAAAGCCAUUUUGAGGUGGAGUUGUCUCGGAUCUCCACCAUGCAGGUGCUGACGGAGACAGAGGGCUCGACCCCAGGAGAGAAAGAUAUUCAUACUUACACCACUCUCCUGGACAGUCAGUAUAUAUCAGAAGGAGGCUUGUCCCGUGCCACCGGCAUGCUGCUGCACUAUAAGCCCCCGGGCUCGCAGGAUUCUCAGCAGCUCCGCAUGGAGGCAGCCGAUGACAAAAAGAGCGCCUCCUCCUGGCUCGCUGCCAUGCACAAGGCUGCUAAACUGCUGUACGAGUCAAGGGACCAGUGAAAUAACUGCAGUGAAAGCACAGGAAGAGCGUCGAGACCAAGAGAGAAGGACGCACGUUUGUUAGAAACUCACAAGUACUCCGCAAUGCCUACUUGCUUUCUAUCGGACCUCUGCUUUCCGCUUCCCGGUUGGAUUAACUGGAUUGGUCACGUGACUCGUCGGUUGCUCCAAUAGGGUGGACCAAGUUAACCAUUGAUUCUAAUGCAAUGUGUGUAUAUGUAUAUAGAUGAUAUAUGCACAUGUACUACAGUGAAAAUGUUGCAUCUCACAUAUGAUUUUUUUUUCUCAGCAUCACAUCAAAUAUUCCUAUUUUAACAUGAUAUUCUGUAUAUAUACAUAUUUACUUUUUACUGCCAGUGUAUUCACUUGUAUACACUUUGUAACCGUGCCUCCAAAUCACCUGUACACACUACAACAAGCAGUUCAUUUGAUUAUCAACACUUUUAAAUAUUUCUGCUUUUUAUCCAAGUAUAUAUCUGGUUAUUUUCCAAGUGCUCGAAUACGAAGUUUACCGUAACACUACAGUUCAGCCCUGGUAAAUGUAAAUGAAGCUCAAUUUUCCAAGAAAAUACUCUUUGUGCUCUUGUUAAAUCUCUGUAAGGCUUCCUCACAAAUCCAUGGUCAGUAUUCAGAAAACAGAACAUCUGAGGUCUUUCUGUUUUCUCCCUUAAAAACAACUUUUUUUGUAAAACAAAUGUGUCGUAAUACAAAUCUGUUUACAAAUCUGUGCAUGGUAUAUGUGUGUGUAUAUAUGUACACACACACACUUUUCUUAUUUGCUGAUUAAAUCAGUUAUUUGUAACCUGUAUAUUUGUCUGGAUUUUUUUUUUCUGUUAUACUUUGUCAGAUUAUUCUCAGGUUUUAUAUGAUGAAGCGGCUUUGGUGUCUUAAAUUGAAAUAAAAAGCAGCGUAAUGAUCA